UCUUUCUCUCUCUCUGCCUCUUUCUCACUACUUCUCUCUCUCUUCCCUCCCACAGCAAGCGCUGAAGGAGAACGUGAGGAGGAGAGAGGCGGAGGAGAAACAGAGGAGAGCGUGGGUGGCCAAGGAGAAGGCGGAGAGAGAGAAGCAGGAGAGACAGCAACAGAAGAAGAGGAGACUGCUGGAGGUCAACGCAGAGAACAGUGAUGAGACAGGAGUGAUGGAUAGUUUGCUGGAGGCUUUGCAGUCUGGAGCAGCGUUCAGAGACCGACGGAAGAGAGCACCCCGGCCCCGAGAUGGUCAGAUGAGCCUCAGUCCCAGUUCGUACCUCCAGGUUCUGAAACCCUGUAACCAUGAAAACACAAAGACACCUUUACAAAGGUCGCGGUCCCGGCAGAAUAUCAAUGUGAGCACAGCGUCGGUGAUGGGGGCGGCUGCGAGAGGACAGAGAGGACUGGCGUCCACGAAGGAGGCUCGUUAUGACACAGAGGGACAUCCGCCCAACGCUACGGGGUCUGCCACGGCCAGGAGCAGGGGCCCGCUGCGUCGGGAACCAGGAGGACACAAACCCAUAACCACCACCGGGAUGGACCGAGACACGGGGAUGGAGAGAGGGAGGGAGAAUGAGAGAGGGAUGGGAAGAGGGAGGGAGAAGGAGAGAGAGGUUGAGGUAGAGAGUGAGUCUUCAUCAUGUCCCAGCAACACCAAUGGAGACUCUGAUGUAGAAGCUCUACUGGCCAGACUGAGGGCCUUGUGAGAUCUAUUUUCAGACACAGAUAACCCAGUCACACCCAAACACCUCCACACCUGGCUGCCCCCCCCCAUUAUCUGCAGCGACAGGACUGAACAGAACAGGACAGGACUGAACAGAACAGGACAGGACAGGACAGGACUGGACAGGACUGGACAGGACAGGACAGGACAGGACAGGACAGGACUGAACAGGACAGGAAAGGAAAGGACAGCACAGGACAGGACAGGACAGGACAGAACAGGACAGGACAGGACUGAACAGGACAGGAAAGGAAAGGAAAGGACAGCACAGGACAGGACAGCACAGGACAGGACAGGACAGGACAGAACAGGAAAGGACAGGACAGCACAGGACAGGACAGAACAGGAAAGGACAGGACAGCACAGCACAGGACAGGACAGGACAAGACAUGAACCUUUUCAUAAAGAAAGUAUAACAAUAAAUAUAUAAUUUAAAUGCUGCUUUUUGAGUCAGCCUGUGUGCAGUUGUAGGAAGCUGAAGGAAUCUCCUGUCAACAACUCCUUCAAAGUGUCCUACUGCCAAAACGUUUGUGCUUAUAGACGAAUUGACCAAGGUACUGUGUUCUCUGUCUAGGAUGCAUAGUUAUUACAAUGCACUUGUACACUUUGUAGUAUGCAGGGUACACUUUGUAGUAUGCCGUGAACACUUUGUAGUAUGCAGUGAACACUUUGUAGUAUGCAGUGAACACUUUGUAGUAUGCCGUGAACACUUUGUAGUAUGCAGUGAACACUUUGUAGUAUGCAGUGAACACUUUGUAGUAUGCAGUGAACACUUUGU